AUGGCAAAGCGCACAGCCCACCAGCACAAGUUCAUCUUGUACAAGGACCUUCCAUUGUACGAAUGCGGGCGGUGCAGAGAAUAUGGAGCCAACUGUGGAUAUAAGUGCAACAAAAUAGAUAACUCAAACUGCCGGUUUGUUCUACACAAAGUGUGUGCCAAACGGUCCAACGUCUUGUCGGCCCCCGUUUUCAGCCGGGCUAAAUUUGAUUUCCAAGAAAAUUGUGACCACAAAAUGUAUAGUUGCACAGCCUGUGAGAGGCCCAUCAAAGGUGGGUUUUAUAGAGAGCGUAAUCGUCCCCAUAUGAGGCUUCAUCCGCUCUGCAUUAGACUUCCUUCACGGCUUAACUCUCCAGCUCAUUCUCAUCGCUUGAGUCUCGUUUCUGCCAGAGGAAUAUAUACUUGCGGGUGUUGCAAGAAAUGGAGAAAUCGGGUUUGGAGAUAUCAAUGUAAGGAAAGUGCAUGCAAAUUUGUAGUGGAUUUGCAAUGUGCGAAACGUGAAAUCCAUGGAAUUCCAAUGAGCGAGUAA